ACAAAAGUUCCUCUCAGAAAGAGGACUGGCUUGCUUGCUCCUUCAGUUCCUCUCUCUCUCUCUCUCUCUCUGCGAGAAAAUGGAGGACGCGCGAAAGAGAGACGGUUCGGCCACGGACGAUUUAAGCGGCGAGGACAUUCUGGCUUGGCUCUCGACGGAGGAAGACACGGUGUCGCAGCUCAUGGAGCUCUUGGACGGCGACGACGACGAAGACGCGGCGGAGAAGAGCUCGGUGAGGUUCGUCGAGGACCCAUACUCGUCGCCGCUGGUCUUCCAGUCGUCGUACGUAACCAUCAACGGAAACGAAGAGAGCUGUGGGUCGUCGUUCUCGGACUCGGACUCCUCGGUCAUGGUUGGCAUUGGGAGGUUGGUAGGGGGCGGCGUCGCGUGGGGUUCAAGCGAAGGGGCGGCUAGCGGGUGGGUGGAGGCUGCGGAGAUCAAGGAUUCGGUGGACGGCUGUGAUGUGUUUGAUUGGCAUGAAUCGGAUGGUGAAGUGCUCGCCACGUUUCUGGGUGAAGAUUUUGAGCAGUAAAUACUGAAUAGUGGUUUAUUUUUCUUCUUCUUCUUCUUCUGAAAAGCUGCUUUUUAGGGUUUAUGAUGGGUUUGGUAGGUUUAUUAAAAGUUAUAUUACGUCUAAUCUUUUAUUGAUUA